GGGGACUUUAUAUCCUCCCGUUUAAAGAACAUACUAAAAUCCGUCGCUAUUUGGGGAACGAGGCCGCCGGUGUACGAGCACGGCAAUACACUCCGCAACUUAUCUAAGAACACCGAAGAAACACCAUGAACACCGUCAUCUCUCGGUUCAUCAUUCACAAUCUACUACCUCCAAAUGCUCCGACCUUCACCAGGAUUCACGUCCAUUUCGUAUCAUCUCCUCGUCGUCGGAGAUUCGGCACAGUUGCUGUUUCCCAUUCUCCCGACGUUAGCGACGAGAGGAUGGUGGUGGUUGGUGGUGGAGCUGCUGGAAUAUAUGGAGCAAUUAGGGCUAAGACUUUGGCUCCCAAUCUUAACGUUAUCGUGAUUGAAAAAGCAAAGCCCUUGGCAAAGGUCAAAAUAUCAGGAGGUGGUCGUUGCAAUGUCACAAAUGGCCAUUGUCCCGAUAAUAAGAUUUUGGCAGAAAAAUACCCAAGAGGUAGUAAAGAAUUCAGAGGUUCAUUCUUCAAUGUUCAUGGUCCAGGUGACACCAUGUCCUGGUUUUCUGAUCAUGGUGUCAAAUUAAAGAUUGAGGAAGAUGGAAGGGUCUUCCCUGUGAGUGACAAUUCAUCUACAAUAGUUGAUUGCCUUUUAAAUGAAGCAAGACAAAAAGGAGUUACACUGCAAACAGGAAAAUCUAUCACAUCAGCUUCUAUUUCUCAAAGUGGAAAAUUUACACUCAAAAUUGAAAAACGUACAAUUGAUUAUGUGGAUUUUGUUGAAGCUGAUUACUUAUUAAUUGCUAGUGGCAGCAGUCAACAGGGUUAUAAUCUUGCUAAUCAACUUGGACAUUCUAUAAUUAAACCAGUUCCAAGUUUAUUUACAUUCAAGAUUGAUGAUAUUCAGUUGACAGAGUUAUCUGGGAUUACAUUCCCGAAAGUGAAGGCAAGUUUAAAGCUUGAAUCUUUGAAGAAGAACAUUCCACAGCUUACCCAAAUUGGGCCAAUGUUAGUCACACAUUGGGGACUUAGUGGGCCCGUAAUUCUUCGCUUAUCAGCUUGGGGGGCCCGUGAUCUUUUUGAUUCCAGUUAUAAAGGAACACUUCUUGUUGACUUUUCUCCUGAUCUUUCAAAUGAAGAUAUAAAGGCGUUGCUAUCUCAACACAAAAAACAAUUUCCGAAACAAAAAGUUGGUGGUUCAUAUCCUCAAGAAUUUGGAGUCAUGAAACGAUUUUGGAAAUAUUUGUUGAAUCGUGAGGGUAUUGAUGAAGAUAUAUUAUGGGCUUCCAUUUCAAAUAACUCAUUGAUGUCAAUUGCUACUCUAUUAAAGCAAUGCUCUUUUAUAGUGAAAGGAAAGGGCCAAUUCAAGGAUGAAUUUGUUACAGCUGGAGGCGUUCCAUUAUCUGAGAUUUCACUGAAAACAAUGGAGAGCAGGAUUCAAUCGCGUCUGUUCUUUGCUGGAGAGGUGCUGAAUGCCGAUGGGAUCACCGGAGGUUUUAAUUUUCAGAACGCUUGGUCAGGUGGGUAUAUAGCCGGAACAACCAUAGGCCAGCUGGCGACCAGUGCCACGUCAGCACCUUCUACUUUGAAGCAACAAGCGGCGUGAGGGCGUAAAACAAUCCACAUUUUUGACCUUGGAUGAAAAUACCACAAAAUUACUAAAAACUCCCUUGUGUCUACAUGAAAGGAAUAUACAAGAAGUCGUGUGGCAUGAAAAUGGCACUUGUUUUUGUCACUUUAAUUUCAACCACCCGAAUUUAUAGCAUCCAGUUUCAAG